AUGGUGUGCCAUCAUAAUCAUCAUCGUCAUGGGGGUCUCCUAAGGGCCAGCAGCCACCGUAGCUGUGCCUUUGGGAGGCGAGGUGGACACGUACCGUCGGUAUUACGCGUUUUCCUCCUGAUAUUAGUACUUUGGAUGCCUGCACUUGACAAUGGUGCUUCCGUCCUCGCCUGCGGACCCGGCAGAGGCGCCGGAAGACGUCUUGGUCCCAAGAAGGUCACGCCUCUUGUCUUCAAACAGCACGUGCCCAACGUCAGCGAGAACACGCUACCGGCAAGUGGACUCAGCGAUGGACGUGUUUCCAGACACGACCCAAGAUUUCGUGAUCUUGUGCCAAACUAUAACGCCGACAUCAUUUUCAAAGACGAGGAGGGUACCGGAGCUGAUAGAUUCAUGACACAGAGAUGUAAAGAGAAAUUGAACACCUUAGCAAUCUCGGUAAUGAACCAGUGGCCCGGAGUUAAGUUGAGAGUUACCGAGGGCUGGGACGAGGAGGGAAAACAUGCAAUCGAUUCCCUCCAUUACGAAGGACGAGCCGUAGACGUGACGACGAGUGAUCGGGAUCGAUCAAAAUACGGAAUGUUGGCGAGACUUGCAGUCGAAGCUGGUUUCGAUUGGGUUUAUUACGAAUCCAGAUCUCAUAUACACUGUUCCGUUAAGUCUGAAUCCUCAUCGGCCGGCAAAUCGGGUGGUUGUUUCCCUGGCAAGAGUUACGUCAGAACUGAAGACGGUUUAAGGAAGAGGUUGGACGAGGUCCAAUUAGGCGAACGAGUGGCAGCUAUGAAUUCUAAGGGUGAAUUGAUCUACAGCGAGGUUAUAGCUUUUUUGGAUAGAGCACCGAAGGAAAAACGACAAUUCGUUAGACUUUAUACGGAAUCUGGAAGAGUGUUGACCUUGACCCCAGCCCAUUUGGUACCGAUCGAGGGCAGAUCAACGAUAUUUGCUGCCAGAGUUAAAAUCGGUGAUCAAAUUUUAAUCGUCGAUAACAAGAACGAUGAUGAUAAAGUGUCAUCGGGUGGUAAUCAACGUCGUAUUCGUUGGGAUCGUGUGAUCGAGACUAAAUUGGUCCUUGAAAUGGGUGUUUUUGCACCACUCACGACGGAAGGAACGCUAUUGGUCGACGACGUUAUAGCUUCGUGUUAUGCAGUAAUCGACAGUCAAACAUUGGCACAUUAUUCUUUCUUUCCAUUGCGUAUGUGGAAAAGUUUAGAAUCUUUCUUCGUUGAAAGGCCAACAACAUAUUCGAUUAAAGAAACUAAAACAGAAAUCAGACAACUAAGGACUAACAAUCAGACUACGAGUAUUAUUAUGGAAGAUAAUGAAAAAUAUAUAGGAGUACAUUGGUACGCCUCCUUCCUUUACAGUUUUGCAUCACUUGUUUUACCCAGUGACAUGCUUUACAAUUAA